AUGCGGACUUGUUUGGCGUCCCCCACGGCCGCCCGCGCGGCCCCCCGUGGCGCCGUUCACGCCUCCGCGCUGCCCCGCGUCUCCCGCUGGACCCACAGCGCGAGCCUGUCGGGCGACAGCCGCAAGGGCCUCCACCCGGCGCGCUACAGGCCGCGCGGCGCGUCCGAGGGCAAGGGCGCGGAUACGGCGACCGGAGUGAGCCAGCCUGAGGCGAAGAGGGCCGCGGAGAACGAUCGUUUCCGCUGUUGCGCGAGUUUAGGACACAGUCAUUUUUGUACGGCGCCUCGAACGACCGGAAGACGCGCCGUUAGGACGGAGGCAUGGAAAAAGCUGGCCAAUAAGUUGCUGGGCGGCUCGAGUCCUCCAAGUAGCGAUCAAAGCGUCGAGGCCCCACCAAAACCGAAGGAGAAGGUCGUCGAGGAGAAGAGCGACGGCGGCUUCGCGCCUGUCCCCGAGGUCGACAACCUCGACGUCGUUUUGUUCCAGACGUUCGGUUGGGAGUCGUCCAACGCCAACGGGUCGUGGUGGGACACGAUCGCGUCCCGCGCCGAGGACAUCGCGGCGAGCGGCGCGACCCACGCGUGGCUCCCGCCGCCCUCGCAGUCCGUCGACCGCGCGGGGUACCUCCCCGGCCAGCUGUACAACCUCCAGAGCAACUACGGCGGGCCUGAGGCCAUGGCCAACGCCGUCAAGGCCCUGCGAUCCGCGAAGCUCUCGCCGAUCAUCGACAUCGUGAUCAACCACCGCUGCGCGGACAAGCAGAACGACGACGGCUCCUGGACCGUGUUCUCCGACAUUGACCCGCGGACGGGCCAGGAGGUGAACUGGGGCAAGUGGGCCAUCACCGGCGACGACCCCGACUUUGGCGGACAGGGCAACCCUGACACAGGCGAGGACUACGGCCCGGCCCCGGACCUCGACCACCUGAACGAGGACCUGCAGAACGCCAUCAUCCGGUGGCUGACGUGGCUGCGCGACGACUUUGGCGCCGUGGGAUGGCGCUUCGACUUCGCGCGCGGGUACGGCGCGGAGUUCAUCAAGAAGUACAUCGCGGAGACCGUGACGUCCAAGGCGUUCAACGUCGGCGAGUUCUGGACCGACCUCCAGUGGGAGGGCUCGACGCUCGGCGCGAACCAGAAUGCGGCCCGGCAGGCGCUGUGCGACUGGCUCGACGCCGGCCAGGCCCACUCGCACGCAUUCGACUUCCCCACCAAGGGCAUCGUGCAGGAGGCGGCCAAGAACUGCGAGUACUGGCGCCUGCGCGACGGCGAGGGCAAGCCGUCGGGGCUGAUGGGGUGGUGGCCGGCGAUGGCGGUGACGUUCAUCGACAACCACGACACGGGGUCGUCGCAGCAGCACUGGCCGUGGCCCGGCGACCUCGUAGGGGCGGGCUACGCCUACAUCCUGACGCACCCGGGGGUCCCGACGGUGUUCUGGGAGCACUACUUCGACUGGGGCGAGGAGCUGCAGAAGACGAUCAAGGACCUCGUCGCCGCGCGCAAGCGGAACGGCGUGCGCGCGGACAGCGCGGUGCGCAUCGACUGCGCGGACCCGGACAUGUACGUCGCGCACACCACGGGCGAGAAGGGGGAGCUCGUUUGCAAGAUGGGUCCGCGCCCCGACAUGGGCGACCUCGUGCCGCCCGCGGACCAGGGCUGGACGAUGGUCGCCAGCGGAAAGGACUUCGCCGUCUGGGAGAAGCCGAACUAG